AUGGCUCCAAAAGCUGAAAAGAAACCUGCUUCCAAGGCUCCUGCCGAAAAGAAACCUGCUGCCAAGAAGACUUCUUCUUCUGUUGAUCCAUCAAAGAAGAGAACCAAGGCUAGAAAGGAAACUUACUCUUCUUACAUCUACAAGGUUUUGAAGCAAACCCAUCCAGACACUGGUAUUUCCCAAAAGUCUAUGUCUAUCUUGAACUCUUUCGUUAACGAUAUCUUUGAAAGAAUUGCUACCGAAUCGUCCAAGUUGGCUGCUUACAACAAGAAGUCUACCAUCUCUGCUAGAGAAAUUCAAACUGCUGUUAGAUUGAUCUUGCCAGGUGAAUUGGCUAAGCACGCUGUUUCUGAAGGUACUAGAGCUGUUACCAAGUACUCUUCCUCCACUCAAGCUUAA